AUCACUGCUUCUCCAACUGCUUUUCACGUGUCGGCUGAACAUCUGUAUAAAUGGCCGAACACUUUAUAUUUAUAUUGACGUUUUUUUUAAAUCGAGUUUCUGUAAGGAAUUGAAGCUGCUUUCAGCCAUGAGGUCAAAAAAAUUAAAUAAAAGGAGUUCCGCAGGAAACGUACCGCAGGAAACGUAUCCCAGGAAGUCUUCAGAUACUAAUUCUUCACAGCUGUGUGAGGACUUGAAAAAGGGGAAUGAAGGUGAAGAGAAGGAAGACCGUCCAAACACAGAGGAAACCUUGGAGCUGAGCAGCAGUGAUUAUGAAAAUGACCUCCCCAGCACACCUGAAGUUUCCAUUCAUGAGGAGGAAGCUGAUGAAAAUGACUUCCUCUUUUGUGAAGAUUGCCAGUCGUUCUUCUUUAACAAGUGUGAGGUCCACGGUCUGGCACACUUCAUCCCCGACACUCCCGUUCCCAUGGGGGUCGCUGACCGAGCCAGACAAACUCUUCCUCCUGGACUAGAGAUUCAGAAAUCCAGUAUUCCUGGCGCAGGCCUGGGAGUGUUUAAUAAGGGGGAGCUCGUUCCAGUGGGGGCACAUUUCGGACCCUACCAGGGACUGCUGGUAAACAAAGAAGAUGCCAUGAAGAGUGGCUACUCAUGGGUGAUAUACACGAGCAGACAGUGUGAAAAAUACAUCGAUGCCAGGAGAGAGAUUCAUGCUAACUGGUUAAGGUAUGUGAAUUGCGCUCGUAAGAAUGGAGAGCAAAACCUUGAGGCGUUUCAGUAUCAAGGGGGAAUUCUGUACCGCUGCUGUCGGUCCAUCAAUCCAGGCCAGGAGCUCUUGCUGUGGUACGAUGAGAAAUACGCCAGAGAUCUGGGCCCAACGUUUGUCUACCUCUGGAGGAAGAAAUGCUCUGCAAAUGGAGGAGCUCGAAUACAAAUCUCCUGCUCCCUGUGCUCUGUUUCCUACACCACUCGACUUUACCUUGACAACCACAUCAAGCGAUGCCACCAAGAAGAGUAUGUGAGACUGCAAGAAUCCAGAAAGCUCGAACAAGCCUCCAGUCAGGAAACAUCUGAUCCGACUCUCAGUUCUACUAAAGAAACGCAGCAGGAAUUUCAGCCCUCCUCAGUUGGGGGGAGCGGUUCUAGUAGGCCGAGGCCGUAUCGCUGUUCAGAAUGUGAAAAAUCUUUUCUCUCGCUGGGUUUUCUCAAACGGCACCAGCGCUGCCACAGGGGUGGGCACCAGUGCUCGCAUUGUGGAAAGAUUUUCAAGCAGCCGUGGCAUCUCCAAGAGCACCUGCACAUUCACACGGGAGAAAGGCCGCACUUGUGCACGCAGUGCGGGAAAAGUUUUUAUACGAAACCCCUCCUCCUGCAGCACAUCCGCAUUCAUACGGGCGAGAAGCCGCACUUGUGCACGCAGUGUGGAAAGAGGUUCGCCAACAGGUUCUCAUUUAGGAUUCACCAGCUCAUUCACACGGGCGAGAAGCCGCACCGCUGCAACCAGUGCAACAAGAGCUUUGCGGUGUGGCAGUACCUCCGGAAGCAUCAGCGCAUGCACAGAGACGAACGGCCGCACGUUUGCUAACAGUGAAACGCUUCAGGAACAAGCCCGAUCUUACCAAGCAUUCCCUCAUUCACACCGGAGUGAAGCCGCAUUUCUGUGCAGAGUGCGGCAAGAAUUUUACCCUGCGCCAUAGUCUGGAACGGCACCUGCUCAGUCACUCUGGAACGAAGCCGUACCGCUGCCACCUUGUGGUGGAGAAUUAGAUGUACCGCGAGCGCUGAAAAGUAUCCCAAAACAGGCAGUUGCUUCUCCAUAAAAAACACUACAAAUUCUAGACAGAUCCCAUGAAGAUCUGCUUUUAUUGGGCUGGAAGAUCUUGUGUGGCCUGCUAAAGCACUCAAUCAAGUGAAUUGGAACGACAUUUCAGGCCUCCCUUCAUCUAUAUGAGUAUCAAACUACCCUUAAUAAUGCAUAUUAAAAGUUAUUCGAACAAGGAAUGGUACUAAAUGUGUAAUGGGAUGUUUAAAAAGAAUAUUUUAAUAUAAAUAAUAAGAAUAUAUAAUGCUUUGAGUUUAUUAAUAUGGCAGAAAUAAAAACGGUUGCUGGUCUUAAA